AUGGCAUCAAUGGGAAAAGAUGAUGAUUUACGAUCGUUCGAUGUACCUGAAAUAGCACGGCAUUCUGGUGGUUAUACGAUAUAUAAAAUCGUAUUACUAGUAACACCUAAAGAAAUAACUGAAAAUAGUUACCAGAUUAUCUAUUGGAAACGUUAUACUGAUAUUAAAAAGUUGUAUGAUACACUUAAUCGUUAUCAUCAAGCUAUUUAUCGUCCAGGAAAAUUCCCUAAUUUUCCAGAAAAAUCAGGAUAUAUGGAACGUUUCAAUCCUGCUAUUAUUGAAGAACGACGUGUAGCUACUAGAAAUUUUCUUAAUUUUGCUUUACAAUAUUUAUAUUUACGUACACAUGAUGCAUAUAUAAAUUUCUUUCAGAAAGGUGAAAAGGUUUUCUCACCUGAUGUCAAUACAGAUACAUUAAAACCAGAAUCAGUCAUUCCGCAAUCAUCACCAAUAUCCAUUCCAGAAGAAGUACCAAUUCCUGUACAAUCGACUAUAAUUGAUGAAAAACAAAAUGAACUUUUAUUAAAUGUUGAUGAAGAACAACCAAAUAUAGAUCAUACAUCUACUAGAAUACUUGACGAUCUUAGUGAUCUUAAAUUUGAUCAAAAUGAUGAAGAACAAAAUGCAAUUCAAGCAGAACCUUUAGAUUUAUUAUCAACGAGUACAAAGAGUCAUGAUUCGUCUUAA